AGUAUGAAUCGUAACUCCUCAUUUCAACGUGUAUAAAAUAUUUAUUAGUUUUUUUUGUUCGUGUUUUUGUUUUUUUUUUGUGUUUUCUUUCGAAAUUUGAUGUGCAUUGUUUUUAUACAUUGAUCGUCUUGAGUUGAGCUACAAAAUUUCACUUGGUUUCAAGAUGAUAUCGGCCAUUAAAUUUCUGCAGUCCUGGGUGCAACCAAUGCGUCUUACUUACAAGGUGGCGACACGUGUCCCCGUGCGUCGGUACAGUGAACGCGACGAUGAGGCACCGUCCAGAAAGCCAAAGAGCUCGGCAUCAGCACAGCUGGCCCAGGCCAUGGAGUGUGACACCAAGCUGGAGUCGCCGGAACCAGUGCAGCGCAUGGUCGAACUGGAGAAUGUGCGCUCUAGGAUAAACGAGUUGGAUCAACGGAAGCUGCGCCACAAGGAAUAUGUACAGAUGCUGAAGCAGCUGAUCAUCAAGCCGACGAACUAUGCCCUCGAGCCGAAGUUGCCCUUCAAGCAACCAAUGCCAGCCAAUAACAUGCGCCAGUCACUCCGCAACUGCUCCAGCAUGGAGGAGGUACUGCAGCUGACAAACAAUCCCGAGCAGCUGGCCAGCGAGCUGGUCCGGCUGUCCUGGGAGCUGGCCACCGAGAAGCGCAAAAACGAUGUCGUUUUGGAAAGCUAUCUGGAAUUGAAGCAGGAAAUGCUAAACACCAAGAUCAAGGCCAACUAGGGGUUAUGCCCGCCCGGGGUGUAAGUUGGCGAAUUUGACGGGCUGGCGACUUGUAACACAUACCAAUUCCCGGCGAUCAUCAUUCAUGGACUCGUCUGUUCAAAUGUUAUAUAUUAUAUUGAUUUCUUAUUUGGAAAAUAU